AUGCCCGCAUCAAAUGCCAGUGACGAGUUCGAUGAUGAUAUUUUCAUCGUCGAUAUAGACGGCAUCCAGGCUCAUGGUGUUGGAGCAGCUGAUAUUACGAAACUGAAGGCGAACGGAUUUUAUACAGUUGCUUCUGUACACGGAGCCACGAGAAAGACGCUUCUGAAGAUCAAGGGUUUUAGUGAAGUCAAAGUCGAGAAGAUUAAGGAGGCUGUUCAAAAAUGCCAGCCUUCAGCUUCUGGAUUCAUAACUGCAAUGGAACUAGGCCACCAGCGGAAACGGGUCGUGAAGAUUUCCACUGGGAGUAAACAAUUUGACUCCAUCCUUGCAGGUGGAUUUCAGAGCAUGAGCAUCAGUGAGGUGUACGGCGAGUUUCGCUGUGGCAAGACACAGCUCUCGCACACCAUGUCAGUUGUGGCGCAGCUUCCCAAGGAUAUGGGCGGCGCAGAGGGGAAAGUAGCCUAUAUAGAUACUGAGGGCACCUUCCGACCAGAAAGAAUUGCCCAGAUUGCGGAACGCUUUGGUGUUGACCCAGACUCCGCAUUGGAGAACAUCGCUUAUGCAAGAGCACUCAAUAGCGAGCACCAGCUGGAGCUCCUCAAUACCCUGUCAAAGGAGUUUGCAGGCAGUGAGUAUCGAUUGUUGAUAAUUGACAGUAUCAUGAACUGUUUCCGUGUCGACUACUGUGGUCGUGGAGAAUUGGCGGAUCGGCAGCAGAAGUUAAACCAGUUCCUGAUGAAAUUGGCGCAUAUGGCGGAAGAAUUCAACGUCUGCGUUUUAAUGACCAACCAGGUACAAAGUGAUCCUGGUGCAAGUGCCCUGUUUGCAGGUGCAGAUGGUCGUAAACCGGUUGGAGGGCAUAUCUUAGCUCACGCUUCGACCACUCGAGUCUUGCUUCGGAAAGGUCGAGGUGAAGAAAGAGUUGCAAAGAUCCAGGAUUCUCCAGAUUGCCCGGAGCGCGAAGCCACUUAUGUGAUCACGAAUGGCGGUAUCAAUGAUCCAGACAAGGUCUAG